AUGGGAAAUGCUCAAAGCAUCGCCGGCCACGACUGCCUCCUGGCAGCCGUUGGACAUAACCCGUCGAUGGUGACCUUCCAAACUGACGCCUUCUUUACAUUCCGUAUCCCUCUUUACAAUCUGAACACCCCCGUGAUUCCAGCAGCCAUCACGUACCCCAGUACGACCGAACAAGUCGCGAGCAUUGUCAGCUGCGCGGUCGACAAUGGGUACAAGGUUCAGGCACGCAGCGGAGGACACAGCUAUGCUAACUACGGUGCGUCUCUUGAGUCCACCCAGGGUUCACAUAGCCUUGCUAAUCUCUCCUUCUUGACAGGUCUCGGAGGCAUAGACGGCGCAGUGGUCGUCGACUUGAAACACUUCCAGCAAUUCUCCGUCGAUCCUGACACUCUGGUCGCUACUAUCGGAGCAGGUACACUCCUUGGAGAUCUUCAGACUCGUCUCGACCAUGCAGGUGGGAGAGCAGUGGCUCAUGGAACUUGUCCUCAGGUUGGCACUGGUGGACACUUUACAAUUGGCGGUCUAGGCCCGCUGUCUCGCGAGUGGGGCAUGGCCUUGGACCAUAUUGUCGAGGCUGAGGUGGUCUUGGCCAACUCGACUAUCAUCCGAGCCUCGGAAACUCACAACCAGGACGUCUUCUUUGCCAUUAAAGGUGCUGCAGCUGGCUUUGCCAUUGUCACUGAAUUUAAGCUGCACACGCACGAAGCACCCCGCGAGGCUGUCCAAUACUCAUUUGUUUGGAACGUGGGCAACACAUCCGAAAAAGCGGAACUGUUCAAGGAUUGGCAACGGCUGAUAUCCAGCAAGGACCUUUCCCGGAAAUUCGCGUCCGAGCUUAUAGUUUCUGUCGCAGGCGUCGUCAUCUCGGGCACUUACUUUGGCACCAAGGAAGAGUGGGACGCUUUCAAAAUCGAGAAGCAUUUCCCACUCAGCAACUCAGCAAAUAUUGUGACCCUGACUGAUUGGAUGGGCAUGCUUGGCAGCGGCGCUGAAUCUCUUAUGGAGUCAGUUGUCGGCGGAAUCCCGGUUCCGUUCUAUGCCAAGUCCAUGUCUUUCACUCCAGAGAACCUCAUCCCAGAUAGCGGAGUCGAUGCAAUGUUCAAAUACAUUGAUACAACUAACAAAGACACAACGGUCUGGUUUAUCAUCUUUAACGUGGAAGGUGGUGCAACUAACGACAUUCCAAUCAACGCUACUGCUUACGCCCAUCGCGAAGCCAUCAUGUGGAUGCAGUCCUAUGCGGUCAACCUUCUUGGGCCCAUCUCUACUACAACCAAGAAGUUCCUCAACGGCCUGAAUGCAGUUGCUGCAUCAUACCACCCCGGCGCUGACUUUGGAGCUUAUCCGGGAUAUGUCGAUCCCCAGCUGAUUGAUCCACAGAGCUCCUAUUGGGGACCAAAUCUGCCGAGGCUUCAGACCAUCAAGGCCGACAUUGAUCCUCACAACGUAUUUCAUAAUCCCCAGAGCGUGCAAGCACUUUCUUGA